UUUACAGAUGAGGAUACAGAGCCUCAAAGAAUUUAAUCAACCUGCUUGAUAUUACACAUCUAAUAAGUUGCAGAUUCAACUUAUUAAACAAAAUAUAAGGAAAAAGAAUAUAGACAAGCAUGGAAAGUGAAGACACAAAGAAAACACAAGAAAUGAAGACUGACCUGAACUUAUUAUUGGAGUGUCUAAAGUAUCAAAUGGACAAUGCUUUUUCACAAAAGGAGGCUUUGGUCACUAUUCAUUCAAUUUGUCAACAAAACAGUAAUGCAAGUGUUUAUUUUCGGGAAAUUGGUGGUUUGAUGUUUGUAAAAAAUCUUGCAAAGUCAAGUGAACAUAGCAUGGUAAAAGAAGCAGCCUUAUAUACAUUAGGAGCUAUUGCAGAAAAAAAUGUUUACUGUCAGCAGACUUUGUGUACUUCAGAGUUGUUUGAAGACUUAACUUGGUUCUUAUCUAAUGAUUCAAACAUAAAUUUGAAAAGAAUGUCUGUUUAUGUUAUUUUGGUUCUGGUUUCAAAUAAUAGGACCGGACAAACACUCGUGAGAGAAACAGGUUGUAUUACAGUUCUGUCACGGUUAUUCAGGACAGUUAUUUCAAAACAUGAGUUGGAUUUGUCAGAUAAAAAUGUUUUCCAGAGUUAUCAGUUGUGGUCUUCAGUGUGUAGUACUCUGUGUGUCUGCGUCAACAAUCCUCAAAAUGAUGAGAAUCAAAUGUUUUGCUGUUCCCUUUUUCCACAUGCUAAUGAAUGGCUAAAAAAUUGCAUGACACCUGAGAUAAUUCGCCCUAUUUGCUCAUUUAUUGGACUCACUCUUGCAAAUAACACAUAUGUUCAGAAAUACUUCGUAUCUGUGGGUGGACUGGAUGUAUUGUCUCAAGUUCUCAUGCAACUGGAAUCUGAUUCACAUGAGACUCUUUCCAGUGCUAAACUUGCAGUGGUUGUGACAAAGACUGUGGAUGCAUGCAUUGCUGAUAAUCCUACUUUUGGGAUAGUACUCUCCAAGUACCACAUUGUUUCAAAACUUCUGGCAUUACUGCUUCAUGAAAGUCUGGAUUCAGGAGAAAAAUUUAGCAUCAUUCUUACUCUUGGUCAUUGCACAGAGGAUUGUGAGGAAAAUCAGUAUGACCUUUUUAAAAACAAUGGGCUUCCACUCAUGAUUCAAGCCUUAACUGAAUCUCAGAAUGAGGAACUGAACAAAGCUGCUACAUUUGUGCUUCACAACUGCAAAAAAAUUACUGAGAAAUUAUCUCUAAGUCUAGGAGAAUGUCCUUUUGAUGAAAAUGAAACACAGCAAUUAAAGGACAUAAAUGUGAAGGAGAAUAAUCUUGAAGAGCACUGGAGGAAAGCAAAGGAAAUUCUACACAGAAUAGAACAGCUUGAAAGAGAAGGAAAUAAGGAAGAAAUACAAAGAGAAACCUAUCAGGAUAAUAUUUCAUCUAUGAACAUAAGUAUUCAGAAUACAUGGAAACGUCUCCAUGCAGAUCAGAUUGGUCGAGGUAGCAAAGCAGAAGAUGAGGAUAAAAGCCAUUCUAGACAGUUUCAGAGUUAUAAAUCCCAUGGAGUCAUGUCUAAAGCAUGUACAAAUGAUGACCAAAUGAAGACACCGUUAAAGAGCGCAAAUCCAGUCCAUGCUUGUUACAGGGAGAGUGAGCAAAAUAAGACUUUAUAUAAAGCCAAGUCAAGCUGCAAUCAAAACUUACACGAAGAAACUACUUUUGAAAAGAAUUUUGUUUCUCAAUCAAGUGACCAUGUUUUUAAACACCCAGUUCACAUUGCCAAAAAUAUAAAGCAGCAGUUACCAGUAACAGAUCCAUUUACAUUAUGUUCAGAUAUAAUAAAUAAAGAAGUAGUCAGUUUUCUAGCAACUUCCAGUUCCAAAAUGUUGACGUAUAGGUGCUCGGGUUGCAUAGCAGUAGAAAAAUCCCUGAAUAGCCGAAACUUUAGCAAGCUCUUGCACUCUUGCCCAUACCAAUGUGAUCGUCACAAAGUCAUUGUGGAAGCUGAAGACAGAUAUAAAAGUGAACUAAGGAAAUCACUUAUCUGUAACAAAAAAAUUCUGCUGACCCCACGUAGAAGACAACAACUCAGUAAUGAAUCUACUACCCCUGGAGGAAUAAAAAAAAGAAGAAUUCGCAAAAACUUUACUGAAGCAGAAGUAAAUUACCUUUUCAAUGGAGUUAAGAAAAUGGGAAAUCACUGGAAUUCAAUUUUGUGGUCUUUCCCCUUUCAGCAAGGACGGAAGGCUGUGGACCUUGCUCACAAAUACCACAAGCUGACCAAACGCCCCACAUGUGCAGCUUCUUGAUUGAAAGAAGACUGUCAGUUUUUAGUUUGGAUUCUUAAAAUACAGGGCCUUGAAAGAUACAUUUAAAGUAUUUUUCUAAACUCUCAUGAGAAGGAAUGUGGAAAUGAGGAUACAGUUUUCAUUAAACAGUUUUUGUGAUGCUGAAACUCAUCAAAUUACAAUGAUUUAUAAAGCAAAUAUAUCUUCAGUGUACAGAUUAGUAAGAAAAUUCCUUCAUAAAAUCAAACAUUUGUUUAGGAAUAUGCUUUUAUUUUUCCUUAAGCUUAAAGGACACAGAGAAAAGAAUUAGCCUUUGAAUGUUAUUUGACAUUAUAUUGCCAUAAAUACUAUGUGAGACAUUUGGAUUUUAGUAUUUUUAUAUGGUACAAAAGUCCCUCCCCAGAAUUCAGAAAGAAUAGUUCCCCAAGCUAUUUAACUAAGGUUCCCACACACUGAAUCAAUAUUUGACAUUUUGCUAAUUAAAAUGAUUCUUUG